CUGGUGGAGGAAAAGGGUUUAGCAUCAAUAAAAGAGAAAGCAAAACUUUAAAGUUCAGCCUUUUAGGGAAAAGGAAAGAGUUACCACAGCGGUGGGAGAUCACUGUAAUGUUUGUGAAACACAGCCACACAGAUCAGCGGAGUCUGGUUUAUGAGACAGAAGUCAGGAGUCAUGGCUUCUACAUCGCAGUCGGCCUUGGAUUACCUGAUGAAUGCCAGAGUUCACCUCGUUGGACAAUUAAGGAACCUGUCGGUCAUUCUUGAGAACUUGCAAGGUGUUCUAACUUAUGAAGAGGUCAGCAAAAUAAAGGCAGAGAAAGAUGACUAUGAUAGAACCAUAGCAACACUGGACUCGGUCGUUAGAAAAGGUGAAGCAGCCUGCUACCAGUUACUGAGGAUUAUUGACCUGACGAGGGGGGGGACCUUAGAGGGAGGAGCUCCUUUCUUAAAGGACAGUCAGGAAGACUCACCUGGGAAUACAAGGUUUGACCUGCACCACUGGAUCAGCUGCUUUCCCUUCACAGAAGACGCAGAAAUGGCUCCAUACUACAUACAGGUCUUAGGACCAAGAUGGUGUCACAGAUAUCAAGCAAAGUUAAAAUCAAAAGCAGAAAAGUUGUCAAAGGAUUUCUGGAGGGCAAGUCAAAAUCUUUUCGAAGAAAAUAAGAAACCCAAUUUUUCGUACUCUCCACUAGCACUGGAAAUCCAAGGGGACGUGUUCCCACCCAAAAUCAAGAUGUGUCGUCCUAAAAGGUUAAGGACUCACGUUACGACGCAAAAACCAGCAAUCUCCCCCAGUGACCUGCUGAAGACGGAUAAAAACGUCCUCCUUGUUGGGAAACCUGGAGCUGGAAAGACGGCCCUGAGCCAUGAAAUGUUGAGACUGUGGAUAGAAACAGACAUCAAAGAGAUCGAUUACAUGUUUUAUUUUGACAUGAGGGAAAUGGCCGACGCCCCGACGACCUUGACUUUGGAGGAUCUUCUUUUCAGUCUGUACAGUAAACCCGGUGAAGGCAGAGAAGAGAUCUUACAGGAUAUAGAGAGGAACCCGGAUAAUGUUACAGUCAUUCUAGAUGGAGUCACUGAUCUCUCGUCGCCGGUGGUGCAGAAACUUGUUGAAAAAGAUGCAAAAAUCAUCAUCACCUGCAGACCGGAGGAUGAGGAAGAUAUCCGCCUUCCGAAUAGGCUCAGGGUGGAGGUGAAAGGCUUCAGUGAAGGAGCAAUAAAAACAUAUCUGUCUAAAGCACUGGGUGACGAUCAUCUGGAGGUUCUGAGUAACGUGGAGCUGGUGACUCUUUCUCAUGUUCCAAUGUAUGCUCUGAUGGUGGCCGCCGGCGUUUCAUCAGAUUUCUCUCUGCAGCCCAGAACUGUCACUGAAACAUACAUCAAUAUUGUUCGGUUUAGUCUCCAGAUGAACAGCAACAGAACCAGGAUGAAGAAUCUGAGUCAGUUAAUCAGAACCAAGAGGGAUGAAAUCAUGUCUCUGGCUGAAGCUGCUUUUUAUGCAACUCAAAGUAAAACUGUGAAGCUGGAAGGACUUUCCUGUGAGGACAGCUGCGUUCGUUCCUUCCUGAAAUCACUUGAUGUAAAAGUCGCUCCUACUGAAACCAUAACUGUCCACACUUUCCUCCAUUACACCAUGCAGGAGUUCUUUGCUGCUCUGUGGCUUUUAAUGAAUCCAGAGAAGAUCAGGGAGGUGUUUCAGAAGAGCCUCACUGAUGAGAUGAAACACAUGAAACAUCUGAUCCCUUUCAUGUGUCGCUUGUUGAAUGACAGGAAUCCACGUUUGAUGAGCUGUCUGAUUCCAGCUGUGGAGCUAAAGAGAACAUCUGAUUGGUUCCUCAAAGAGAUGAUCGACACGUUUUGCAGCAAGCCCAAAGUCGACAGACUGUUCCAGUACCGAUGUCUGUACGAGUCCCAGAGCGUUGGAGCCUGCAUCUCCUUUCUAAACAAACUGGACUUCCAUCUGGACCUCAGUGGAGAGAAUCUGGACCCGUAUUCCUGCCAAGCUGUGGCCUUUAUUGUCACUCAGUCGAAGGAAGGGAAAACAAGCCUGAACCUUCAGGAUGUAACCGUAUCAGACCAAGGAGUGAGACGACUGUUUGGAUGCCUUCACAAUGUUCAGUGGUGUGAUAUCCUCAGAGAGCAGCUGUGGAAGAUUUUCCUCCUCAGUGAAGAACCGAUGGAUUACUCCGCCUUACUGGGCCUCAGUGGGAACGUUGUUUCCCUCCCAGUCGUGGGUAAAAGACGCCUGUUUGACCGGUUUGUAAAAGUGAUGCAGAAGAUGACGACGAGGGUGAAUGUCUGCCUCUACGGGGACAGAGGAGACCGACUGUGUCAGAUUCUGCGUGAAUACCUUUUAGAAGCUCUGCCGCACAUCAGGUCCAUCAGGAUGGCCUACAGAGAUGCAGGUUUAUUGGACCAGGAGCAAAGCAGCGACACACUGGGAAAAGAUCAGAUGGACAUGUACCUGGAUUUAUGCGUCGCAGCAGCUGUCCCUGGAAAACAGAAGUUUCACAGCGUAAUGACUGAGCUUGUGUCGGUUAGUCACGUCAAAACAGACCUGGUGAAUACUCUUCUGGACUUGCAUCAACAUGCAGCGAGCAGAAGGUUUUCCUAUAACUUCCCAAUGCUGCAGUCGGUUUUCCAACCAACCCCUGCAGUCUGGACCAUAGACCUCUCUGAGAGAAAGACCUCCACCCUCCUAGAAGUGCUGAAACUCCAACCAGAGAAGAAACAACUGAGGCUGAGCGGCUGCUCACACGAAGGGAAUGAAGUGACGGGUUUGCUAAUGUGUCUGCCUUACAUCUCAAAGCUCAGUGUUUCGACAAUGCCAGCCGCGUCUCCAGAUGACAUCAGGUUGUUGGAAAUGUUGGUCUGUGCUGCAGCGGAAAUAAAACAGCAGAAAGGCAAUAAUAUGAAGGAGCUGUUAUUAUCAGUGUGCACAUACAAAGGCAUUCCUCUCCAGUGGAAAUGGUGUGACUUCCUUCUGGACCUUUAUUCUUAUAAAACUGUAACGGGAUUGAAUUUUCCAUUGUUCCAGUCAGUUCUCCAGUCAGGUCCUGCAGUCUGGUUCCUAAACCUCUCAAACAGGAGGACCUCCAUCUUUGUAGAAAUGCUAAAACACCAACCUGAGAAGAAACAAGUGAACCUGACGGGGUGGUCACAUGAGGAGAAUGAGACAAAGAGUUUCCUCCAGUGUCUGCCUUAUAUCUCAAAGCUCAGUGUGGCUCCGCUCUGGUCAGACUCAGUUGAGCAAACCAGAUUCUUUACCAAACUUUUCUGUGCUGCAGCAGAAAGCGAAAAGCAGACAGGAGAGAAGAUGCUGGAGCUGGUAGCUUCAGUCUGCAGCUAUAAACAUUUUCCAUUCAAUACCAGAUCCAUGGAUGACACAUAUAGACGUGACUUCCUGCUGGAUCUUUACUCCCAGAUGAAGGACUGUGAGGCUAAAAAAGGUCUGAAUCUCCUUCCAUCAUUACAGUCAGUUUUCCAGCUAACUCCUGCAGUCUGGACCAUAGACCUGUCAGAGAGAAAGACCUCCAUCCUCCUAGAAGUGUUAAAACUCCAAACAGAAAAGAAACAAGUAAAGCUGACAGGUUGGUCACAAGAAGAACGUCAAGUAAGGAGCUUCCUACCAUGUGUGCCUUUUAUAUCCAAGUUCAGGUUUGUUCCUGGGUGCUCACAAGUUCACGACGAAACGUGUUUCUUAGUGCAUUUGUUCUGUGCUGCAGCAGAGAGAGAGCAGCAGACGGGAGAGAAGAUGCUGGAUUUAUUAGCAUCAGUGUGUAGAUUUAAAGUAAUACCUGUGAGCGACAUGGAUAUGAAUGAGCAAUCUCAGAGGGCUUUCCUGCUCGAUCUGUACUCUCAGGUAAAGGACUGCGAGACUAAAACGGGCCUGAGUCUACUUCCUUUCUUAAAAUCAGUUUUUCAGUCGCUUACUACGGCAUGGAUCAUCGACCUCUCAGAGAGAAAGACCUCUGUCCUCAUUAGAGAGCUGAAAGUCCAAGCUGAGAAGAAACAACUGAUACUGACGGGAUGCUCGCAUGAAGAGAGGGAAGUCAGGAGCUUCCUUCAGUGUCUGCCUUAUAUCUCACAGCUCAGUUUUGAGCCCUGGACAUCCGAAGCCUCUGAAGAAAUCAGGUUCCUAAGAAGUUUGUUCUGUGCAGCAGCAGCAGAGAGAGAACAGCAAAAAGAGAAGAAGAUACUUGAGCGUUUGGCAUCAGUCUACAUUUACAAAACAUCCCCUCUUAAACAGAAAUGGUCUGAAUUCCUGCUGGAGUUGUACUCGUAUGAGCUCAAAACAGGCUUGAGUUUCCUGCCGUCAUCCCAGAAAGGAGCCACUAUCCUCCUGAAAGUGCUGAAAUUCCCCUCACUCAGGACAUAUGGACCUAGGUUUUAUCUUCAGAGCUCAGAUCUUCGGGAACAAUCCAAGUUCUUAGUGAAUCUGUUCUCUGCAGCAGCAGAGAGACAACAGCAGACAGGGGAGAAGAUCCUGGAGCCGCUAGCAUUGCUCUGCACAUAUGAGUCAUUCCCUUUUAAAGAUGGUGGAAAAUAUCAGAUUGGUUUCCUGCUGGAUCUUUACUCCCAGGUGAAGGACAGUGAGACUAAAACAGGUCUGAGUCUCCUUCCAUCAUUACAGUCAGUUUUCCAGUCAGCUCCUCCAGUCUGGACCAUAAAGCUCUCAGAGAGAAAGACCUCCAUCCUCCUGGAAGUGUUGAAGCUCCAAUCAGAGAAGAAACCAGUGAAGCUGAAAGGCUGCACGCAUGACGAGAGCGAAAUGAGGAGUUUUCUACAGUUUCUGCCUUAUAUCUCACAGCUCAGCUUCAGUUUGGAUGACUGGGAUAAUGGAAGUCAUAAUCCGGAUGAACAAACCGGGUUCUUAGUGAAACUGUUCUGUGCAGCAGCAGAAAGAGAAAAACAACAAACAGGAGAGAAGACGCUAGAGCUGCUAGCAUCAGUCUGUAGCUAUCAACGAUUUCCUUUUAAAGAGAAAAACUCUGAAGAUAAAGAUCGCAGUGACUUCCUGCUGGAUCUUUACUCCCAGAUGAAGGACAGUGAGACUAAAACAGGUCUGAGUCUCCUUCCAUCAUUACAGUCAGUUUUCCAGUCAGCUCCUCCAGUCUGGAUCAUAGACCUCUCAGAGGGAAAGACCUCCAUCCUCCUGGAAGUGUUGAAGCUCCAAUCAGAGAAGAAACCAGUGAAGCUGACAGACUGCUCACAUGGAGAGAGUGAAGUGAGGAGUUUCCUACAGUGUCUGCCUUAUAUCUCACAGCUCAGUUUGGACGACUGGGAGGGCCAAAGUUUGGAUCCUGAUGAACAAACCAGGUUCCUGGUAAAUCUGUUCCGUGCAGCAGAAGAAAUGGAAAAGCAGACGAAAGAGAAAAUGGUGGAGUUGUUGAUAUCAGUCUGCAGAUUUGAAACAUUUAGUUUCCAACAUGAAGAAAUGGAUGAUGAUGAUGAGACUAUCAAAUAUCGCCUUGAUUUUCUGCUGGAUCUUUACUCCCAGAUGAAGGACAGUGAGACUAAAACAGGUCUGAGUCUCCUUCCAUCAUUACAGUCAGUUUUCCAGUCAGCUCCUCCAGUCUGGACCAUAAAGCUCUCAGAGAGAAAGACCUCCAUCCUCCUGGAAGUGUUGAAGCUCCAAUCAGAGAAGAAACUAUUGAAGCUGACAGACUGCUCACAUGGAGAGAGUGAAGUGAGGAAUUUCCUACAGUGUCUGCCUUAUAUCUCACAGCUCAGGUUUGAUCCUCAGAGCUCAGAUCUUCCUGAACAAACCAGGUUCUUAGUGAAUCUGUUCUGUGCAGCAGCAGAGAGAGAACAGCUGACAGGAGAGAAGAUGGUGGAGCUGUUAGCAUCAGUCUGCAGAUAUGAAACAUUCCCUCUAGAUUACAGUGGCAAAUAUCAGAGUGACUUCCUGCUGGAUGUUUACUCCCAGAUGAAGGACAGUGAGACUAAAACAGGUCUGAGUCUCCUUCCAUCAUUACAGUCAGUUUUCCAGUCAGCUCCUCCAGUCUGGACCAUAAAGCUCUCAGAGAGAAAGACCUCCAUCCUCCUGGAAGUGUUGAAGCUCCAAUCAGAGAAGAAACCAGUGAAGCUGACAGACUGCUCACAUGGAGAGAGUGAAGUGAGGAGUUUCCUACAGUGUCUGCCUUAUAUCUCACAGCUCAGUUUUGUGUCUCAGGCAUUUAAUAAUUCAGAGCAAGGAAUGCUCUUGGUGAAUCUGUUUUGUGGCGCGGCAGAAAGAGAACAGCUGACAGGAGAGAAGACGGUGGAGCUGUUAUCAAGAUUCUCUUUGUGUGACAUCUGCAAGCCUGAUCAGCAACGCAGUGACUUCCUGCUGGAUCUUUACUCCCAGAUGAAGGACAGUGAGACUAAAACAGGUCUGAGUCUCCUUCCAUCAUUACAGUCAGUUUUCCAGUCAGCUCCUCCAGUCUGGACCAUAAAGCUCUCAGAGAGAAAGACCUCCAUCCUCCUGGAAGUGUUGAAGCUCCAAUCAGAGAAGAAACCAGUGAAGCUGAAAGACUGCUCACAUGGAGAGAGUGAAGUGAGGAGUUUCCUACAGUGUCUGCCUUAUAUCUCACAGCUCAGCUUUAAUCGUCGGAGCUCAGAUCUUCCUGAACAAACCAGGUUCUUAGGGAAUCUGUUCCGUGCAGCAGCAGAGAGAGAACAGCUGACAGGAGAGAAGAUGGUGGAGCUGUUAGCAUCAGUCUGCAGAUAUGAAACAUUCCCUUUAAAUGACAGAUACGUUAUUCAUUUUGAAAGUAUACACAGAAAAUAUCAGAGUGACUUCCUGAUGGAUCUUUACUCCCAGAUGAAGGACAGUGAGACUAAAACAGGUCUGAGUCUCCUUCCAUCAUUACAGUCAGUUUUCCAGUCAGCUCCUCCAGUCUGGACCAUAAAGCUCUCAGAGAGAAAGACCUCCAUCCUCCUGGAAGUGUUGAAGCUCCAAUCAGAGAAGAAACCAGUGAAGCUGACAGACUGCUCACAUGGAGAGAGUGAAGUGAGGAGUUUCCUACAGUGUCUGCCUUAUAUCUCACAGCUCAGCUGUGAUCCAGGGUUCUUCCAGAGUGUUUGUUCAUCCCUACCAGUCCGAUCCAGUAAGGAAGACCAGCAGCUGGUGUCACUGCUUCAGCUCCUGAACUUCAACCUGCUGCUUAGUGGAGAGUUGAACUGGGAAACCUGCAGCUCUGUGGGCAGAGUUCUCACAUUGUGUGGAUCUAAAGUGGAUCUGAUCCUCACAGCCAGAAAGAUGUCUGUCAGAGGAGCUUCUGUUCUCUUCAGAUCUACAACACAGCUCCACAGUCUGAGACUGUCCAACACCAUGGCCUUGUUCCUGUCUCAGUGGGUGAGAAGAGGCAGAGAGGCCUUUCCUCUGGUUGUUGAAGAGCUUUCUGUGGUGUCCACCUCAGCUGGACCAUCACAGAGAACCUUGCUGAAGGUUGGCAGCAGUUUGGCGUCUCUGCUGAGGUUCUGGACAGUCAGAAGGUUAGACCUGACUGAGUCCAGCCUUCCUGCUCAGAGCCUCUUCAGUCUGCUCCUUCAUGAUGCUCCUCUCACAGUCAGGCUGAGUGAAGGUGUUCUCCAGCAGCUUGUGGUCCUCCUCCAUGAGGUCCAGGACCAGGACCUGACAUUGUCCUUCUUGAAUAAGGUUGGUGGAGACCUGAGGUCCUUCCAGUUGAACUGGGAGCUGCUUCACUAUCUGCUGCAGCAGCCGUCAGAUCAGACCAUCACUGUCAACCUGAAGAAGAACAGCUUCUUACAGGAGAAAGCUGCAGAGCUGCUGCCCUUUCUGCACAGGAUGGUGCUUCAAAGGCCCAGUCCCAGCUUUGUAAGGACUUCCAUCAGAGAGAUCUCCAGAGUCACAUGAUACCCGGUUUGCUGAGGUCACUGGAUCAUGUGAUCAACCUGAGCUGCACACAGCUGGAGUUGGAGGACUGUGCUGCUCUGCUCUUCAUCCUCAGACACAGUGAUGGGGUUAAACUGAAGCUGCU